GUUCCUUUUCUUCUUCAUCCAGCGAUAUUAGAUUACGGAUUUCCGUCGUUCAUAUUUAUUGCGCUCCCACAUUCUUUCACUCAUACCACGACUACGACCUUCACCUUUAGCAAACUGCUCUCUGCGCUCAGACCUCCUAGCAGAAAUUCAAGUACGACUUUAUCGGGUGGUCUUGGAGUAAUUGGCUGGCUGGGCUGGCUAUGAGCAGGGUAUUUAGUCGAGUCUCUGUCAACUCACUGCGCUAGUCAUGUCUUCACCACCUCUUCCACGGGAAGAGCACAACACACCGCCGCCACCACCAAAUCCUGAAAUCAUCGUCGAGGCUGGUUCUCCGAACGAUGGCGACGUCGAUGGGUCGCCCAGGUCGUCCUCGAGCGGACUCUCCUCGGAGGAGAGCGUCCAGUACGACAAACACCGACACAAACUCUCAAAGUACCAUGACCACGAUUUCCUGAGGGGCUUAGCGGAGAACGGGAGCGAAAAUGGAAUUGAUGGGGGCAGCGGUCGCUUCAAGGUCGUUGCCGGAGACGAAGCGGCGAGUAUAGUACGAAGUUAUGCUGGGAGCACAGUUGACGUGCGAACAGCUCAGCUGCCUAAUCUGAAUCCAGUCGUGUUCGCGUUCUCUACGUAUACAGCUGGGGGUCGUAAAGUUGUUGACUAUUAUAAGACGUGGAAAGGAAUUCCCAAAGCCCACCGCAAGAAAGGCCAACGGAAGACCGACUUUUUGGAUGACGAGUUCAAGAAAGUUGUCAAGAACCUUGACAAGGAAUACAAGCGUCUGUCGACCAUCUCACCCUCUUCUUCCCCGCAAAUUGGGGUCAAUAAACCUCUCCCACACUCUCCUCUAACACGCCAAUCAUCAAUAUCUGCCAAUGUCAAACAAGCCCCCCAAUCGCCAAUACCAUCUGCAACGAAACCGUUACCGAAACCGCCAGCGCUCAAACUAGUAGAUGGGCCCCCACCUUCUGGUGGCCCUCUGACUGCGAGACCGAAUAUUCCUAUUGCAGUGUCUGACAGUGUCGUAUCCUUACCUCUCCUUGGACCAAUUACUGGCUUAACCGUCCACGACCCUUUGCCACUAAGACUCGUGAACCCGGAUCUGUACGUAUUCAGCUAUUUGGAGUCGGCGUUGAUUGUAACCCGUGUGUAUAUAACAUAGGAAAUCACCGUCUGAUUCAUCAUUCUUACUCCCGGAUCAAGCACAUCAUGCUGGUAACUUACAGCUCACUUUCUUAUCCUCCUCCUCCUCAUUGAUUCCUCAUGGUUGCAGGCAAGCACCGCAGGAGCAAGCACAGGACCGCUUCGGCCGAUUCUAGGCACUCCAGAGGCUCCAGAACGGCUUCUGACAG